CAUUUUUUGCAAACUACAACCUUAUGGAUUAUAUAGAUUACACAGAGAUAAGAUUUUCAUUUAUUGGUACAAGAAAGCAUUUUUUCUCGGAUAAAUAAUAUUAUGUUUCUGUUUUUGAUGAUCGUUUCGUGAUGGGAACAGUAAGAAUCAAUAAUUUAAAGAUAGACAUCCAAUACAUAGCAGCCAAAAUACACAAUUUAGUUUGGUUUUGCUACAAAAAUAGGAUGGAAUAUUAAAAAGACCAAAUAAGGAAUUUUAUUAGAUUCAUUUAGUUUUUUUUAUAAACAAAAGAUGAAGGCAAUGAAUGCUAGUAAUGAUAAUUUGAUAAAGUAAGUAAUGAUUCAAAAUACAAUUUUAGAUUCAAAGAAAUGAUAAGUUUAAAGGUGACUUUUGAUAACAUUAAUGAUUUGUAUGAACCUCUUUCCUUAAUAGGCAAGGGAAUUUCAGCAAAAGUUUAUAGCACUCUAUAUAAAAUAGACUAAAAAGUUUAUGCAAUAAAAGCUAUAGAAAAGGCAUUUUUAAAACAACAAAAUGAAUCUGGUUAAGUAUUAAAAUAUAUUUAUAUAUUCAUAAGGCUGCAUUUAAAAUGGAAGUUUCUAUUUUAAAAACUUUAGCAUAAUUCCCAGACAACUUUUUAACAUUGAAAGAAAUUUUUGAAGGGGAUUAGGUUCAUUGUUUAGUAACUUCUUAUUUGGAAGGAUCAAGUUUAGCUUAAGAAUUUGAUUGUUUGAAGGUAAUGAUAAAUUAACAAAUAGACAGCAGAUAUGUAUAGGUUUCCUAUUCAUUAAGCUAAGCUUAUAAUGAGAAAAUUACUUACAAAUUUAAGUGUCUUGCAUGAAAAUAAAGUAUAUUUGUUUUUUUAUUAGAUAAUUCAUAGAGAUUUGAAGCCUGAUAAUUUAAUGUUUUCAAAAAAAAAUGACUAUUCGACAUUAGUCUUAGUAGAUUUUGGUUUAGCAACAUCUGAAUCUAUGGUAAAGUAAAAUAAAUUUGUAAAAAGAUUUCUAUUUCCAAAGUGUGGUACACCUGGAUAUGUAGCACCUGAAAUUUUAACUUUGAAACCUUUUAGUAAAUACACAACAAAAGUUGAUAUCUUUAGUUGUGGUUGUAUUUUUUAUAAAAUACUUACUGGUAAAAAUUUAUUUGGAGGAAUUUCUUUCGAUGAAACACUUAAAUAAAAUAGAAUGUGUUAAAUAGAAUUCGACCUUCCUCAUGAUUUACAACAUAUAACAGAAUAAUCUAUCGUAAUUGUAUUAAUAGAUUUUUAGAAUUUAUUAUAAUUAAUGUUACAUAAAAAUCCAAAACAUAGGAUUAGUGCCAAAGAUGCUCUUACUCAUCCUUUCUUUGAAUAAAAUCUUGACUAAAAUAUAAUAUAUUCUCAAAAAAGGUCAAUUAAAACAUUCUUAAGUGCCUAUUAAGAAGAACAAUAAUCUGAUUUAGAUAGUUUUUAAGAUGAUAAAAUAAGUAAUGAAAAACAAGUAGAAGAGUCGAAUUUUAUUUAAAUACCAAAGAGUAAGAGAUGCUCUUUAAUGGGGGAUUUUUCUUAAUAGUCUUAAUCUCCUUCCAAAUUCUUACAUGACACAUAAUAAUUUUACUAAAAAGAUCCACUUUUUGGGUUUAAGUGCAUAAAAGUAACUUAAAGCCCUUAAGUAUCUUAAAUAUUAGAUUGA